UUUGCUGUUUCUCCCUUUUCUCCUCCGCUUCUCGCGAUCUCGGAAUGCUUCCCUCCUCCACUCCUCUUUCACUCGCACGAUUCAAACCCUAAUUCUCCCAAUUCUAGCAUCUCAUAAACCCCAGCAUCGCCGCGAUGGCGUUGAUGGCGGUGCUGGAGUCCGAUCUGCGAGCUCUGUCCUCUGAAGCGAGAAGACGAUAUCCAGCGGUGAAGGACGCCGCGGAGCAUGCAAUCUUAAAGCUUCGCUCUCUUUCGACUCCCAGUGAAAUUGCUCAUAAUGAGGAUGUCGUACGAAUAUUCCUAAUGGCGUGUGAUGUAAAAUCAAUUAAGCUGAGUGUUAUUGGUCUAUCUUGUCUGCAAAAGCUCAUAUCACAUGAUGCCGUUGCUCAAUCUGCUCUUAAAGAAAUACUUUUCACUCUGAAAGAUCAUGCAGAAAUGGCAGAUGACACUGUGCAACUGAAGACCCUACAAACUAUAUUGAUCAUAUUCCAGUCAGGUUUGCAUCCUGAAAAUGAGAAGGAUAUGGCUCAAGCUCUUGGUAUAUCUUUGCGUCUGCUCGAAAGUGGUCGAUCCUCUGAUAGCGUGCACAACACUGCUGCAGCUACCUUCCGACAAGCAGUUGCCUUGGUAUUUGAUAAAGUUGUUCUUGUGGAAUCACUUCCCUGCAGCAAAGUUGCUUCAGGAAGUCUAGUUUCUCGAACUAGCUCUGUCAGUGAUGAUGUUAGCCGUAGUAUCAGUCACUCGAUAGACAGACACGACGAGGUUGUUGACAGGUCACUGGUGACUGAUGCUGUCUCUAGAGAGCCAAUGCUACGCGAAGGUCUUAGCAGAGCAGGAAAACUUGGGCUUCUUCUGCUUGAAGACUUGACAGCACUUGCGGCAGGUGGAUCUGCAACCUGGUUGCAUAUUCAUUCACUUCAGCGAACAUUUGCCCUUGAUAUACUAGAGUUCAUUCUGUCCAAUUAUGUUACUGUCUUCCAAACUCUUGUUUCUUAUCAGCAGAUUUUGCGUCACCAAAUUUGUUCCCUUCUGAUGACUUCACUUCGGACCAAUAUUGAGCUUGAAGGUGAAUCCGCGGAACCCACCUUCCGCCGCCUGGUUCUCCGUUCAGUUUCACAUGUUAUCAGGUUCUAUAGCUUGUUCCUGGUCACUGAAAGUGAGGUGUUUCUUAAUGUUUUGGUAAAUGUUACUCGUUUUGAUUUGCCAUUAUGGCAUCGGAUACUAGUUCUUGAAGUAUUAAGAGGUUUCUGUGUAGAAGCCAGAACACUGCGUCUACUUUUUCAGAAUUUUGACAUGGAUCCAAAGAACACUAACGUUGUUGAAAAUAUGGUUAAAGCACUUGCUCGAGUUGUAUCAACUAUUCAACUGGUUUCAGAGUCAAGUGAAGAGAGCCUUGCAGCUGUCGCGGGAAUGUUUAGUAGUAAAGCAAAAGGCAUUGAAUGGAGCAUGGAUAAUGAUGCAUCUAAUGCUGCUGUUCUGGUUGCCAGUGAAGCCCAUGCUAUUACUUUGGCGGUUGAAGGACUUUUGGGUGUUGUGUUUACAGUAGCUACCUUGACUGAUGAAGCUGUUGAUGUUGGUGAGAUUGAAUCACCAAAAUAUGAUAAUGAGCAUAGAGCAGAGUGCACUGGGAAAACAACUGUUCUUUGCAAAUGUAUGGUUGAUUCAACAUGGAUGACCAUUCUCGAUGCUUUAUCUCUUAUCUUAGCAAGGUCUCAGGGGGAAGCCAUAAUAUUAGAAAUACUGAAAGGAUAUCAGGCCUUUACCCAGGCAUGUGGAGUUCUUCGCGCAGUGGAACCAUUAAACUCAUUUUUAGCAUCCCUUUGUAAAUUCACAAUCAAUAUUCCAAAUGAAGGAGAAAAGAGGAGUGUUUUGCAAUCUCCUGGAUCAAGAAAGUCAGAACCUUUGAUUGAUCAGCGAGAUAAUGUUGUUCUUACUCCAAAGAAUGUGCAGGCAUUAAGGACACUUUUCAACGUGGCACACCGUUUGCACAAUGUUCUUGGUCCAUCCUGGGCUCUGGUUUUAGACACUCUAGCAGCUCUAGAUCGUGCUAUCCAUUCUCCUCAUGCAUCUACGCAGGAAGUUCCGACGUCUGUUUCAAGACUUACUAGGGAUACAUCUGGGCAGUAUACUGAUUUCCACAUCCUCUCUUCACUGAAUUCUCAGCUGUUCGAAAGUUCCGCACUGAUGCAUGUUUCUGCAGUGAAGUCACUCCUUUCUGCAUUGUGUCAGUUGUCAAGUCAGUGCAUCUUAGGAAAUUCAAGUGUCACAGGUCAAGCAUCCAGUCAACAUACAGGAAGUGUAGCAUUUUCAGUGGAACGUAUGACUUCAAUCCUUGUAAAUAACCUACAUCGUUUUGAGUCCAUAUGGGAUCAAGUCAUUGACCAUCUAAUUGAGGUGAUAUCAUAUGCAAAUUUCUCCUUGUUGAUAAUUCUUUUGCAGCUUGCUGAUAACCCCAACCAACAGCUAAGGAAUUUGGCUCUUGGGGCACUGGAUCAAUCAAUCUGUGCAGUCUUAGGUUCGGACCAGUUCCAGGGCAGUAAAACAUGUGUUCAUCAAUUUCCUGACUCUGAAGUGGAUGGAAGUAAUACUGAAAUGGGAUCAUUUGAGUGUGCGGUUUUAGCUCCAUUGCCUUUGAUUUAUAUGUCGAGUCAAAACCCUGAUGUACGUGCAGGGACUCUGAAAAUUUUGCUUCAUGUUGUAGAGAGGCAUGGAGAAAAACUUUACUAUAGCUGGCCCGACAUUCUUGAAAUGCUGAGGACUGUUGCUGAUGCAUCUGAGAAGGAUCUAAUUACGUCAGGAUUUCAGAGCCUACGGGUCAUCAUGAAUGAUGGAAUAUCAACCAUACCAGCACAGUAUCUUCAUGUAUGUAUUGAAGUCACUGGGUCAUACAGUGCUCAAAAGACGGAGAUAAAUAUCAGUUUGACGGCAAUUGGCCUCCUCUGGACAGCGACUGACUUUAUUGCUAAGGGAUUAGUAAACAAGCUCGGCGAGGAAAAAUCAGAAGCUGAGAUUGCUUCUGGUGUAGAAUUCAAUUCAAAGCAUGGUGAUGGUUUUGAAGCGAUUAAAGAUGAAAAGUUUCAUUCAAAUGAUAAUGUUCAUUACCAAAUUCCAAAAGCAGCUGGAAUUGAUCGUAAUAAGUUGCUUUUUUCUAUUUUCUCCAUACUACAGAAGCUUGGAGAAGAUGAGAGACCUGAGGUAAGGAACUCAGCCAUUCGUACUCUUUUCCAAACUCUGGGUAGUCAUGGGCAAAAAAUUUCUAGCAGCAUGUGGGAGGAAUGCCUCAGGGAUUAUGUGUUCCCGAUUCUAGAUUGUGUUUCUCACUUGGCAGCAACAUCAUCUAAAGAUGAAUGGCAAGGGAAAGAACUAGGAACACGAGGUGGGAAAGCUGUCCAUAUGCUAAUCCAUCACAGUCGAAAUACGGCACAGAAACAGUGGGAUGAAACACUUGUUCUAGUACUGGGUGGAAUAACGCGGUUAUUACGAUCAUUUUUUCCCUUUCUUCAGAGAUUAACCAAUUUCUCUGCCGGAUGGGACCAUCUUCUAAAUUUUAUUAAAGAUAGCAUCCUGAAUGGAAGUAAAGAAGUUGGUCUUGCUGCAAUAAGCUGUUUGCAAACAAUUGUUAGUUCCCAUUGUCCAAAAGGAAAUCUGGCUGUACAAUACAUCAAAUCUUUGCUUGAUGUGUAUGAGCUUGUACUUGAAAGGUCACCUAAUUAUAAGGGCGCUGCAGCUAACAAGGUGAAACAGGAGAUUUUACAUGGUCUUGGGGAUCUGUAUGUCCAGGCGAAAACUAUGUUCGACUCUGACAUGUAUUUGCAGCUGCUAGCAAUCCUUCAACAAACAAUUAGAAAUUCCAAGAGUACAUGUGAUAUGGAUAUUGAAAUUGAAACUGUUCUGCCAGUACAGAAGGCAGUUUUGGAGAUUCUACCUCUUAUACGGCCAACUGAGCAUUUGUCUUCUAUGUGGUCCCUGUUACUUCGAGAACUUCUCUACUAUCUGCUUGGAUCUGAACCCCACUCCCCAGGGAAUAAAGAGGAACUACCAAGUAGUGGAAAUGUUAUUGAGCUAGGAUCUCAUCUUGCUGUUGGUUUGCAAAUUAAUGGUGGUGAUUCCAGUAUCAUCAGUAAAGAAAUUCGGCUGAAACCAAAACCUUCUGUUCUUGGCGCUUCUUCUAUUUCCAUGAUGAAAGUGGGGCCUUCUUCUCCUCGUCCUGGUGAAUUUUCUUCUUAUGAUACCAUGACAUUUAGUUGUCAUUUGUUUGCGGAGAAGCUUGUGCCUAUUAUUGUGGAACUUUUUUUGGAGGCUCCACCUAUUGAGAAGUGCAACGCGUUCCCUGAAGUCAUCUGUGGCCUUGGAAGGUGCAUGACUACUAGAAGAGAUAAUCCCAAGGGUGCUCUUUGGAGGUUAGCUGUUGAUGGCUUCAACCGAAUUCUAAUAGAUGACUUGAGCAGAGUGCAUGAGUAUAAAAAAGAUCCAAAUAUAUUUAAACUUCCACGUGCUCGCCUCUGGAAAGAAGUUGCAGAUGUUUAUGAAAUAUUCCUGGUUGGUUCAUGCGGACACGCUCUAUCUUCUGAUCCUCCUUCAGCUGAGGCACUCAAGGCCGAUGAGUUAAUUGAGAUGACUUUUCUUAAUGUUCUUGGAGACCGUGUUCUAAAAGGGCAAAUAGAUGCUCCAAUUGAGGUAUUGCAGCGCUUGGUUACAACUCUUGAUCGUUGUGCAUCUCGGGUUGGCUCUUUACCUCUUGAGAGCGUCGGACUUAUGCCUUUACACUGCAGCAGAUUCUCACUGAGUUGCCUACAGAUGUUGUUUUCUUUGUGCAGUUUUACUUCGAAAGAAAGUUGGUCUCCGUCGAGAACAGAAGUUAGCAAAGUCUCCUUACCUAUUCUUAUGAAGAGAUGUGAAAGUAUAUUGGACCAGUUUUUAAGAGACGAGAACCACCUAGGUGAACAUCCAUUGCCAACCGUGAGAGUUGAGGAAACACUAUGUGUUCUUCAAGAACUUGCUCGACUUGUUCUUGAUUACAACACAGCAUCAGUUCUUCCUUUACAACCAAAUCUAAAAGUUGUAGGAGAUAAGGAUAAUCCCGGUGCUCGUGCACACCUUUUCCUUCUAUUCCCAUCUUUUUGUGAGCUUGUUGUUACAAGGGAACCUAGGGUAAGGGAGCUCGUACAGGUUCUCUUAAGACUCGUUGCUGCCGAGCUUGGAGUGCAAAAGAGUUCCUUAAGCAUCUGACAUGAGACAGGAGAGCAAUAACAGAAUUCUUUUGUACACUUUGUAUGUAUCACACCAAUCCAAAUUUUCAGUACGAGUUGUUGAUUAUGUGAUCUUCAC